AUGAUGGUCAACGAUCAAUUCACCUCACAACAACAACAACAAAGAAGAUUCAAUCAGAUACUCAACAAUCAGGUUGUGAGACGAUUGAUCUUUGGACAUGUCAAACAGAUACAUCGUGUACAAUACUCAGACAGUCGAACACAUCAAUGGAAUGAUCUGAUUCAAUCAGUUGAUAUGUUGUCAUUGUUUGGAUACUUGGAGCCACUCAAACAACUGUGUCUAUCAAUCGAACAGAGAUACAACCGUCACAAAUGGUCAGAGAUUGAUGGUGCACCAUUCAUUCCCAAGUUGCGAUCACUCACUCGUCAUGCAGUCAUCGGUGGACACCUCCACAUACUUGAAUGGGUGCAUCAACGAUACUUCCCACACCUCAACGAGGCAUUCUAUGAACUUGCAAACGUUGCCAUUCAAUAUGAUCGAGUAGAUAUCAUUCAAUUCUUUGGACACCAUCCCGAGUUCAGAGCAUUCAAUCUCUUUCCGGGCAUUUUCAGCCGUAUUCCGAGUGAGUCUAUGCUACAAGCCCUCCUCAAAGCGUUUGGAAUCGAGUUGCCAUUCAACCCUGAUCAGAUCCUCGAUGUAAUGAUCAAUCAUGUCAAUCUUAAUGCCAAGAUCUGCCUGGUCCAGAUCAGUUGCCUCUCAAUUUGGUCAUCCUGGAGCCUCGACCUGAUCAAGUAUCUCCAUCUCAACGGACUCCCGUUCCAUGAUAAGACAUUGGAUGAAGCUGCCCGGCACGGUAGACUGGACGUCAUCCAAUACAUCCUGGAGGAAGCAAGGCCAAGCGACUUGGUUGUGAGCACAGGUGUGAUGGACAGAGCUUCAAUGUCUGGCCAUCUCGACAUUGUACGAUACCUUCAUGAACAUCGCACCGAAGGGUGUUCAUUCUGGGCGAUGGAGGAGGCGGCCACCAAAGGCCACCUGGAUGUCCUUCGAUUCUUUCAAGAGAAUCGCACUGAGACCUGCCAAACUAAUGCCAUGGACAUUGCAGCAGAGGCCGGUCAUCAGUCCAUCGUUGAGUAUCUCAUUAGCAACAGGACCGAGGGUUGUACGGGCUUUGCACUUGAUGGCGCGGCCCUCAAUGGACACGCACAGAUCAUUGAAAUACUUUGUGAGAAGUAUCCCCAUCUCACAAUUAAGAUCUUCACCAUGAUGGAGCCCAUAUCCAGGCAGGUCCUGGAGGUACUCUACCGAACGAUGCCACAAAUGAUCGUGGUAGAUGACACCCUUUACAACGCGAUCAUAAAGAAACACAUGGAUAUGAUCAACUUCAUCUUUGACCACGAGUUGUUGGCCCAAUGCUAUAUCGAUGUCAAAUUGAUUGGGCGCUCGAUGGACCUUCCUCAAUCAAACAUAUUCCACAAAUUCAUCAAACAUGUUGGUGAUGAUGGUGACAAUAUCAAUCCAAUCCUACAGUAUUGCAUCAGGAUGGCACCAUGGUGCCCACACACUGACAUCUUGGAGUACAUACACUCAGCCUCCAUACGCCAUAGCAUCUCCUUUGCAUACCGGUCAGUCAAGAAGAUGGAGACUGUGGUCUUGGACUCAUUGGCAUUCAUCCACGAGAAGGGUGGCCUAACAAAUGCAUCGAUCCAAUAUGAUAUACUCAUAGAGGCCAUCGAAGCUGAUCGACUUGACAUUGUCAAGUACAUGUUGGACAAUGUUGGAUUCAAUAUUCAAACAAAGUCCGACUUCUUUGCGACGGCCAUUGAGAAGGGACGUCUGGACAUCCUUCAAUGCAUGCUUAGCAACACUGGUGGCAUCCUUCCAACCUCCAAGUUUGCCUAUCAACAAUCGGUACACCUGGCCAUUUGUGGCGGCGAUUUGGAGAUGGUGCGAUACCUCACCGAACACUAUAGAGACCAACUUCAAUUCGAUGCUCAGACCUCAUUCAACAAGUACCUCGCAACAAUGCCCGAUAAGAAGGACUCACCCAAAACUCAUCGAUUUGUGGAGUAUAUGGUGCGCAAUCACUCAGUCACCGCCCCACCAGAGAGUGCAUUCGCCGCAAAGGGAAGCAGCUAUGACUUGGAUGCCACAAUAGCAUUGUUUGAAGCUGGUGCCACCAAGUACCGUGAGGAUCUUGCAACCAACCUGGUCGCGACAGCAAACUAUGACAUUACAAGAUACUUGUACUUUAACAAUAGAGUGGAUAGGCGGUUGUUGAUGGAGAUGAUGGUAUCAAUUUAUAAUCCAUUACUAUUCAUCAAUUUACCAAUGUCUGACAUCAUCCUUGGUCACCAAGUCGAGCCAUUCAUUGACAGGAAUUCAGUCAAACUCCAAUCCAUUGCACGAUAUCAAAUCUCCUACAACUUACUCAACAAAUAUAUAAUAUAA